GAGAGAGAGAGGGAGAUGUGUGUGUAUUCCUGUACUGCCGCCUAUGAGUGUCUGUUAACGUUUUCAAUAACAAUCAGUGUCAAAAGAGAAGUGAACUCUCUCUCUCUCUCUCUCUCUCUCUUUCUUUCUCUCUCUCUCUCUCUCUCUCUCUCUCUCUCUCUCUCUCUCUCUCUCUCUCCUCUCUCUCUCUCUCUCUCUCUCUCCUCUCUCUCUCUCUCUCUCUCUCUCUCUCUCUUUCUUCCUCUCUUUUCUGUUUUUCUUUCCUCCCAGAGAGAGAGAUGAUCGGAGGAUUGGGGGCUCAGUGAACAGAACAAAGCGAUGGAGAGAUGCUCCAUCUCUCCUGUCAAACGACUGAUCACCCUCCGCUGCCUUUUCUUCCUCCUGGUUGCCGUGGUGACGCGACCCUCAACCUGUAACCGUGACGACGAGGGCGAGGGGCAGGUGGAGGCCCUCUCGGCCCAGCUGUCCGUCCCAGAACAGGUCACACCCACCCCUAUUUGGUCCGUGGACUGGGGCCCCACACUAUCCCUGGAGGACGAGACGCAUCACAUCCUGUCCAGCCAGGAAGCGGACCUGCACCACCACGGCCAUGAAGUCCCCAUGACAACCGCCGAGGCCUGGCCGCAUCAUCAGAGUGCACCGGGCAGUGCUUUGCCCCAGGAGCCCCUGGACCUUCUGGAGGCCCCAGAUGCAGAGGGAGUGGAGGAUGGAGGAAGUGAGCCGGAGGAGAGAGAGCCUGAGGAAGUGGACCCUCAGUUCUACGUCACAGUGACCAUCUCCUCUCUGCUCAUCCUGACUGCAGUCAUCAUAACGGUCAAACUCUGUUACGACCGCAGCUGUUCCCAGCACCCACCCCCGCUUUCCCGUGGCGUGGCCCCCCCUCUCUCUCUCGCCCUCCCUCGUUCCCUGGCUCUGGAGGACAGCCGGCAGACACUGCACGGCACUCCCUCCUUUACCGACAGGGAGAGGAUCCCCGUGGUGAACCUCUAAGGCGAACGUUUCUGAUUUGAUACACAUUCCUACGGGAUGCGACGGAGAACACCGCCAGAGGGUGUGGCCCGCCGUGGUCUUCGACUUAUCUUUGACUGUGAAAAUGAAAAUCAGGGACCCAGGUAUCCAGCCAUGGCAAAACCUCUUUUUCCCUCCAUCCCUUCCUCCCGAAGGAGAAAAGCCCGAUCUCAUCCCUUCCUCCCGAGGGAGAAAAGCCCGAUCUCAUCCCUUCCUCCCGAAGGAGAAAAGCCUGAUCUCAUCCCUUCCUUCCUUCCUGCUGCCAUCCCCCUACGCCUCUUUUCUCCACUUUUCUAUGGCUCUGUGUCACUGUAGACUGACCGAACCUUCUGCUCUGUUUUAUAUUCCAGUUGUCUGUACAGCCCCAGGCUGUAGCAGCAACACACGUACAGGUCCCUCCGCUUGAUCCCCUUUGACUAAUUCACAAGCAAACAGUGUUAGAUAUCAAUAGAACAUUUUAGUCCCGCCGGUGCCAAAACCGCAUAGCUAUAUGGGGCUGUUUGGAAUAUUUCAUACAGCUAUCUUGUGUAGCUGAACAUUAAACUAUGAUGAAAUAGUGGACUUGGUUAUUGAAACUUAGUUGAAAGUGAAAUAUGUGUGUUAUCUGAAACAUAGGUGUUCAGCUAGCUGGUGAAGGGUUAAAACAAUCCCUGUUUCCUAGGACUGAAGGGGGUAUUUCACAAAGCUGGUAUGGCAAUGUUGUCGCCAGCCGCCAAUGUACUUAACGCGACACGGUCCAAAAAUCGCUGUUUACUCCCGCUUGGAAUGCAAAUAGGCCCACUGCAGCUUCCACAUUCCCAAUGUGUUUUAAGGGUGUUUUUUAGUCCCUAAACUAUAUUCUUCGUUUGUUCCUUUUAUUUUCUUGCUUCUUUGCCGCCUCUGUUGUGCAUUUGUGAGUGUGUUAUCUUGUCUCUGGAGCAUGGGGAUGGGCAGGGUUUAUAUAUUACUGCUCUAUAUAGGGUUGGGAAAUUCUGUCAUUUUCACAAAAUUCCCCCGGUUUUCCAGACAUCCUGGUUGGAAGAUUCCUGGAAUUAGGAGGGAAGGAAAUACAGGAAUUUUCCAACUGGGAUUUCUGGAAAAUCAGGGAAUUUGGGGGGGAACGUUAUCCUUGUUGUGUAUGAAAAUAGUGGUGCAAACAAUGUCCAAUACAUGUUUGCAUAUAUCGCAAUCAGUACAAUCAAACGAUACAUGUGGUACAAUCAAUGGUGGUGUCAGGUAAACAUAAUGGGUAUAAAUGAUACAGUCCAGAAGUAAUGAGCCAUUUUACCAUCAUCUGUUGUUUCUGCUCCGACUUCAAAGCUUAAACGAGUGUUUACUGUCGGAUCUUAGGGUAAUGUACCUGUCCAUCUCGACCACCAGCUUUGAGAAAUGACCCUCUGGACUUCCACUACACUAGUACACAUAGUGUUGUGACGUCAUAGGUGACUUGUGUCGUUCUGCAUUCUAGUGUUUCCUCGGUUCUCAGUAGCAUUCCUGUAGACGUGUGGCUCCACUGUACGAUGGAACAACAAUAAAAACUCAACACUGGUGUUUUAGCACUGUAUCCGGACUGGACAUUACUAGCCAGUGGCUUUGGGACUAGAAUUGGCAAUGUGCGAGGGCCAGCCUUACAGGAGGACAGUGGAUGUAUCUCAACUGUCUUGAGUUGCCUCCUUUCCUUCAUCUGUCCUAGGUUGAAGACACCCAGGUUACGACAACCUAAUAAUUCCACGAGGAAGCGUUUGAAAAAUCAACAGAUUCAUGGGACCAGUGCUGUUGCUAACUAGCAUCCCUGAUCCCUUCGUUUACAAUUCUUCCUCAUCUAUGCAAAGACAUAUGGAAUAUUAUAAAUAUUUUGUCUUAACCUUUAUCUCCAACCUAGCAUCUGUACUAAACUUUAGGAUGAGAAGGAGAAAAAGAGACCAGGAAAUACACGAGAGCCAUGUGUUCUUAUUGUGUUAUUCAAAUCCAUUAACUUGAGUUCUAUUUGGCUUCUACUGCAGAUCAGAGCCAUUGUAUUGAAAUAUAAAUAUAUGGCACUGGUGCAGUUAUACUUCCUGAUUA